AUGUUAAAAUCUUCCUUUCUUCUUCUCUUUACUGUUCAUCUAAUUCAGACUCAAAAUGAAAUCGAAGAAGGCUCAGGGCUUGGAGAAGAUCCAUGUCCACCUAAAUUGGAUUUAGCAUUUGUUGUGGAUGCCUCGGUGAACAACGAGAGAAUUUACCAAAAUUACAUCGAAUGGAUGUCCAAACUAGCCGAUUCGCUUCCAAUCGGUCAAGAAGCUGUUCGACUCACGACAAUACAAUACGCCGGUUCUCCAUCGGUUGAAUUUACCCUAAAAGAAGCAGAAUCUUCAUCAAAAGUGGCCAAAAGACUAAAGAAUAUGACUUUCCAAGGAGGUGUUACAAGAACGGGUUAUGCGCUUCGAAAAACUGAAAGCGAGUUGACAAGGCUGGAUCGGGGAGCAAGGCCUGACGCUGAAAAAUGCAUUGUUCUUUUCACAAACGGACUUUCGAUUGACGAUCCGCUGAAGAUCAGCGAGCAUUUGAGAGUUGAAAGGAAAAUUCAAUUCUAUGUGGUUUCUGUGGGAAAAGAUGGGGUUUUUGGUGAAAUGGAGCGCUUGGUUGGAUCGAAAGAGAACACAUUUGGUCCAAAAGAUUUGAGUCGAUUGAGAAAAAAGCUGCUGAAAGAUGUGGAGGAGUCUCGAAUUUGCGCCAAUGGAAAGAAAUUCGAGGAGAUCAAAGAGGAUCUUUUGGUGAUUGAAAAAGAGAAAUCCGUAUCUAAUCGAACAGUUAUCGCUCUUGAAAACUUGACGAAAGUGAAGCCUCAAAAAUCUGUAGUUUUGGAGAAAAAGGAGACAAAAAGACUUCCGAUUUCAAGUAUUCGUGGAACAGGCACGGUUAUCAGCUCUCAAUUGCUUACUUCAUCUCCUUCACGAGGAGUUAAUCAAGUUGUUGGAACGCAACAAAUCCGACUUCGCAACGUUAGAAGAGUUUUGCGCAAAAAGUUCCUUUCACUUUCGGCAAAAGCUGAGCCAACUGAGCCAACGACUACUGAGUUCUCACCGAUUACGACUCCGCAUCGACAAAGGAAAAAAGCAAGAAUAAUCAGAACACAAAAAGCCUUCAAAAGGACAACAACAACAGGAAAAUUGAUUAAAAAGAAAUUGAAAGAGCCUUUGAUCUUUACGAAGAAAUGGAUCAGUACAACAGCAGUACCAUUAGGUACCAUUCCUACAAAAAAUCCAAUUGAUCUUCUUGAAAAGACUGGUCAAAUGAAUGAAAAAACAGGUAAGAGGAAACCUUCUGCAACGAUCAAGAGCUCAUUGAAGAUUACAAAACCAAUGACGACCUCAAGAGCCCUGGUUGCAAGAAGUGUGCUCAACUCCGAAGCAUCCACUUGUCCAGUUGAUCUCCUAUUCAUUGUUGACAGCUCUGGAUCGAUUGUGUCUGUUUAUCAGAAGCAAAAGGCUUUUCUUCUUGAUCUCUUGUCUAACAUUGAUGUCUCUCAGCAAGCACAUCGUGUAGCACUUUUACAAUUUUCUAGUCGAAACAUUCAAAAGACUGAAUUGUCUUUUGACGAGUUCAAAGAAAAGACUGAACUUUUGAAUGCUUUUGGAAGAGUUAGGCAUAUUACAGGAACAACUUAUAUCAGCGCUGCCUUAGAAAGCGCUAAAAAUCUUUUGAUCUCGCGACGGAAAGAAGUGGAAACAAUUGUGAUUCUAUUGAGUGAUGGCUAUUCCCAAGACAACCCAAUGCAAACCGCUCUCGACAUUCAACAACUCGCCAAAACCGAGUUUUACGCGGCAAGUGUCGCCGAGAAUAAUAACAAUGAGCUUUUGAUUGAGAUCACGGGCAAUCCGAGAAAUGUCUUUGUCGGCGAGAACGUUGAACAACUCAAAGAGAAAUUGAUUCAGAGAUUGAAUUGUCGAAAGUUGUUGAAGAGUGUUUCGCAGUUCAUCAGCUGCUUUCUCUUCGAAUUUCUUCGAAUUUCUGUUGAAAUGAGUUUCUAUGGCACUUCACUCGUUCGAAAAAUCAGUGAUCGAUUCGCUGCAAAAGAGCGCACAAACAAAUUCGAUCUCUUUAAUUCUCAACACGCGAAUUUUGUUCAAAUCAAGAUUGGAGAUGAAAAGCCGAAUGAAAACGCUUUGGUGAAGCUCGAAGUGUACAAGCCGAGAUUGGUGAAAUUGGAGACUGAAAGCUUUCUGAUUCUGGCUGCUCGACGAAAGUCUGCGAAACGUGUUCGCCGAUUUAUUGUCACAAAGAGCGAGAAGUUGGAAGAGAUUUACACCCUAAAAGCCAUGCUCCAACCGUUCAUCGGAGUACUCAAGUUUGUGCCAAGAAGAACAGCUUCAAUUUGGAUUGAGAAAGUGAUCACAUGUGUCUCUCAAAAUCCCAAUUGGCGGCCUUAUCAUUUGGCGGCUUUCGUCGGAUGCACACGUUACUUCAAGAAGAGAAAAGCUAUUUUCUACAAUUUCCCGUGCGCUCCCGAUGGUUGGACUCCAGCGAUGAUCGCUGUUAAAGAAGGACAUUUCGAGCCAGUCGUUCGUCUAAUCGAUCUCAAAGUCGAACUCCGCACCACGGACAAUCAAGGCCUUUGUGUACUUGAUCACAUAAAAGAUGGAGAUAAUCACUUGUUAGAGUUAUUGGCCGAAUCAAUUCCUGAAGAUUACAUCCUGCUUUGGUGCUCGGAGCACAAAUCGGCAAAGGCCGACUUUUUCAGGCAUUUUCUCUCACAGGGUGAGUUCAACAAUGCAACGGUUCCACAAACGAGUCCACUACAUGAUGCGUUGACAAAAACUCCUACAAGUCCGGCAAAAAUGGGCGAAGUGUUGUCGGUGUUCAACUUUGAGUUUCAUGCAUCGAAUUUCCCCAAUGGCGGAACUUGGCUACACGGUGUUCAAAAUAAGCGAUCACUAUUGAGUCUAUUGGAAAAUAAAAGAUUAAUGGAAUCUGACUUGGACACGAAUGCACGAGAUUGUUUGGGGCGGACGGCAUUGAUGGAACAUGUGCUGAGGGGAAGACAUGGAUUUGUGUUGGCUUUAUACGGCUAUUGGACAAACGUCAACAUCAGGGACAUCGAGGGAAACACCGCUUUACAUUACGCGAUCAUGAAUGAAGACCUCGAGAUGGUGAAAGUGUUGAUCUGUUGUGGAGCGUGGGUUGAUGCAAAAAAUCACUUCGGAGAGACACCAAGGCAUCUCGCGGCAAGGACGAAAAAGCACUCUGAACUAAUCGCUUUGCUGGCAAUGAAAUGGGCAGCGCCUUGUAAAGAAAACUCACAGAAUUGUCUCUAUGGAUGCUUGAAUUUGAACAACAAAUAUGUGCCUUAUCUGGCAAAAAGUCUUCUGGAAGAAACAGAAAUCAUUGAUGAGAAUGGAAAUAAAUUGUCAACGAAUGAUCCAUUCACUCAUCGAUUCACCAAGCAUUUGGCAACUCCCGAUGCCGGAUUCGAUUUCCAUGCACAUAUGUUAUCUUUAAAAACUCUCUGCCAGAAAAUUGAAGAAAACCGAAAAAGAGAGGGCAUCAAAAUGAUCAAUGCUCUUUCUUUGGAUGGAGGGGGGAUUCGAGGACUUGUCAUCACGCAGCUACUUUCUUCGGUGGAAGAGUUAUUGGAUCGACCGUUGCCUGAAUAUUUUGAGUGGAUUGCGUCGACGAGUACUGGAGCCGCGCUGGGUGGGAGUGCUACUAUUGGCCUUUCAAUCCGCGAAGGUCAACGCAUCUACCUCCGCUUCAAAGACGACAUUUUUGAUUCAAGAGUCCGCCCUUACGAUGCUCUGGUGCUUGAAAAGUUCUACAAAAGUGUUUUCGGGGAGGAGAGAGCGGUUGGAGAGACAAAUGGAGUCAAUCACUUUUUUUGCACGACAAAUGAUGCAACCACUUAUCCAUCUCAAUUGAUGCUAAUUCGGAAUUAUGAUGCAAUGGGUGACUCACGAGAAUAUGGAGAUAUCAAUCCCAAUGCUGUGGAGAUGUGGAGAGCUGUCCGCCGAUCAUCAGCUGCUCCCACUUAUUUCUCAGCCUCCGAACAGCGAUAUAUUGACGGAGGACUGUCAUCCAACAAUCCAACAAUGGAACUUCUCUCUGAAAUCCAUCACUGGAAUAUGAAUUGCAGAGAAGAGGAGAAAUUCCAACUCGGUUGCGUUUUAUCGAUUGGAACUGGCAAAACCCAGCCUCAUCCUGUUGACCCAAGCCAAAUCGAGAUGUCCACAAUGUUUGGAAUGAUGAAAGGGAUGAGAAAUCUCUUCAACAUGGUUAUGGCUCAAGUGACAGCAACUGAUGGAGCGGUGGUCACCCGGUCUCGAGCUUGGACCCAAUCCCUUGGAGCUGUCUAUUUCCGAUUGUCACCGAUGCUGUCCAAAGAAUAUCAACUCGAUGCAAAAGAAGAUCCUGAUGUGAUAGCGAUGAUGUGGGAGUGUGUAGUCUACGCUUUUUCGAAUAAAGCACUUUUUGAAGAAAUCGCUGAGGUUUUGAAAAAAAUCGGACCAGCAAAGACGUUCGCUGGCGAAAAUGGACAUCGAAAGAGAUCCUGGUCGGCCGCUUAUCAAAACUUGCAUCAUUGGAGGGAUCGAAAGGAGAAAACGGAGAAGAAAGAGAAUGGAAUACCCAAUUUGAAUGUUGCCAAUAACCAAUUUGAAUGU